AUGGAAAAUUUUAUAUAUAGAAACAGAACAGUGAAUCAAUUAAUAUUCCUUGGCUUUGGAAAUCUCCGGGAAAUACAGCUCUUGCUUUUCUGGUUGCUUUUAGGAAUUUAUGCAAUAACAAUGGUGGGGAAUUCUCUCAUUCUAAUUGCUGUUUCAGUUGAUAAGAGACUCCACACUCCUAUGUAUUUUUUCCUGGGAAAUUUAUCAUUCCUGGAAGUAUGGUAUACAUCAAACAUCACCCCCAAAAUGCUGAUGGACUUACUGAAGAAGGAGAAAACCAUUUCCCUGGUUGGUUGUAUCACACAGCUGUACGUGUUCUGUGCCCUGGGAACUGUGGAAUGCUUUCUCUUACUGCUCAUGUCAUAUGACCGUUACCUUGCCAUCUGCAACCCACUACACUACGCCAAAGUGAUGAACUGGAACUUCUGCUAUACAUUAAGUGCUGCAACGUGGUUAUUGGGUUUUCUGUUGGCUGCUGGGCUGAACUUCAUUGUCACCACUUCUUUAACACUCUGUGGCCCUAAUCAAGUCGAUCAUUUCUUUUGUGACUUAACACCACUGUUGAAAUUGUCGUGUUCUGAUACCCACCCAGCAGAAGUAGCCAUUUUUGUAGCAUGCUUUGCGGUGUCACUGGCUCCUUUCCUCUUGACCAUCACUUCAUACAGCUAUAUUUUAUUCACCAUCUUGAACAUUCCUUCGUCCUCUGGAAAGAAGAAAGCAUUUUCCACUUGUAGCUCCCAUCUCAUUGUAGUAAGUACAUUCUAUGGGACUCUGGGCAUUACAUAUGCAGUAUCUAUUGGGACAGAAUCAGUAGAAUUAAACAAAAUGCUUUCCUUAUUCUAUACUGUCCUGACACCUAUGCUGAACCCUAUUGUAUACAGUCUGAGGAACAAAGAGGUGAAAAAUACUCUAAAGAAGUUGCUGAGUAAAGCUUCAACAGCUCUGAGAAAUUGGUCCAAUGCUGCCCCACACUAUUUAUCAUUAUUCUGUCCAAAAAAUGUAGCAGUCCAAUAA